AUGUCCUUUGUUCAUAAUUUAAUCAAACGUCUUUUUCCAUAUAGAAUUAUAAGUCAUCACAUAUCUGACUUAGAUAUUCAGUCACUGCAAUUAAAUACUGAUAAAAAUGAUAUUGUCAUAAGUAUUGAAAAAGAGAAUACAUCUCGACACUUUUGUUGCCUUACCAUUGAAGAAUUAACAACAUUAUUUGAAUAUUGUCCUAUUAUACAUAGGACUUUAUAUGAAUCAAUCUCUCUAGACAAGCCGAUCAAAACAUAUAUUGAUUUUGAAUAUUUUAUCGACAAAAAUCUUUACAUCGAAGAUCAUUACAAGGGACCGAUGUCUUGUCUUAAAAUUCUUUAUUAUUUUCUAAAUGUGCCAAAUGAUACUAUUAACACAUCUGAAAGUUAUACAAAAAAUAUUUUGAAGCAAUUUCUUGUUUUAGAAGCAUCAACAAGUGAAAAAAUAUCAUAUCAUUUAAUACAUGCAAAUCCAUCAGCUUUAUUUCAAAAUACAACAACUCUUCGAAUAUUCAUGAAGACUAUUAUUCACUUUCUGCUAUUAUCAAUUAUUCAACAUAAAUGUACAACCUUUAAUAUCAAUUUAACAGUACAAGAAUGUGCUACUACAUCAAACUUGAUCAAUCAAUUAGUCCCUUUUGUAAAUACAUUACGAAAACAUUGUAAUAGAUGUAACACAUCAAUUCCAUUCCUUUCAAUCGCCGAUAUUGCAUAUUUACUGGUACAAAAUAAAACUAAUCAAUGGACCUUAGCGAUUGACACAAAUGUUUAUUCAAAAAAUCAACAGCUUCGCUUAUUCGAGAGUGUCAAAUACGGGAAAAAUAAUCCUCUUGUUCUCUCAACUAAAUUUCCUUUUCAUUCUGAAAUACAAUAUUCAUAUCCCAAUCUUCUUAAAAAAUCUUUAAUCACAUUCAUGGAACAUGAUAUCAAACCAAAAAUUUAUUUAAAAGACAAGAAUUUUGUUGUCGAUUUAUCUUCUAUUUCUAAUCCAAUAAAUACAUUAUCAUAUAAUUUUAUACAUGUAAACUUACUUAAUCAAUAUAUAGAUCCUUCGAUCUUUUAUAAUCCACCCACAAAUAUUAAUAUAGAUCGAAAUUUACCAAAAUCAAAACAUUUUAAUACAAUUGAAAAUCUAAGUUUAUCUAUCCCAGAUAUGCAAAUGUUUCUUAACUUUGUAGAAAAUAUAAUUACGUCUGAAUCAACUCAUCAAGGUUAUGUGCAUUCAUGUAUUCGUGGUACUUACAAUAAAAAUUUACUAUUUUUUAAUAUAGCAGGUAAUUAUAGAUUUUGUCCAAAAAAGAAUGACCAUCAUAAACGUAAUACUGUAGCCAUCAUGGUAGACACUAAGAAUUAUAUAUACUGUACUCGAUGUAAAGAUAUAGAGUGUAAUAAUACUAUUCUAUCAUGGAAAAAAAUAAAAUAA